UAUUGGCAUAAUGAAAAGAGCAUAUGGUCUUUGACCUUGCUUAGACCUUGAUUUGAAUCCGCAUUCUGCCCAUUAGCUUUGGGUUCAUGUGUGUUUACUCAGUUGCUAUUUUAAUUUUAAUUUUUAAUCUAGAAAAUGAGGUUAAUGACCAGCUUGUAGUGGUUGUUAUGAAGAAGUAAAAAAGUACAUAUAAGAUACUUAGCACAAUAGCUGACACCAGUAAUGUUCAGCAAACAGCAGCUGAACAUUAACAUUAGUUUUUAAAUAGCUUUAUUGAAAUAAUUCAUAUGCCAUAGAAUUUACCUUUUCUAAAGUAUAUAAUUCAGCGGUUUAUAGAUUCACAGAGUUGUGCAUCCCUCAUCAUAAUUUAAUUCUAGGACAUUUUCAUCACCUCAGAAAGAAACUCAUUAGCAGUCACUCCCUAGCUCCCGAAGCCCUCAGCCCUUGACAACAGUAAUCUAUUUUCUGUUUCUACGGAUUUGCCAAUUCUGAACAUUUUCUAUCAAUGGAAUCAUACAAUACAUGGCUUUUGUAACUGGCUUCUUUUACUUAGUAUAAUGUUUUCAAGGUUUCAGGUUUCAUCCAUGUCGUAGCAUGUUAUCGAUACUUCUUUUCCUGGCCAAAUCCCAUUCCAUUGUAUGGAUAUACCACAUUUUGUUUAUUCAUUUAUAGCUCACUUGCCUUCACCUUGUAGAAUAGGUCCAUGCUUCUUCCUCCUUGUUUCCAGGCCACAGAAACAAGCACCUAAUGGGAGAUGGGGAGGGUGGGGACCCAUUGAACAAUAUUUUUUAAAAGUCUCAAUUUCAGUAAUUUUUGGCAUUCUGCGUUCCAAGAGUUUUGAUCAGUUUAUCUAAUCAGUCCUUUUAAUACCCCUUUUAAAACUGAGAAAAUCACCAGAACAUUAAAUGUAACCUUCAAAACUGCUUUGUUGGAUUGAGCAAAUAGGGAUUCCAAGGUAAAAAGCAUUCUAGGGUCUGACAGAGCAAAAGGAAACUUUGCCAAUUGACGUGUUUUUCUUGGAUGGGUCCUGAGAUAGAGUAAAGCAAAAGCUGUUUCCUGUGGCUCAGUGACAGAGCAGCAGAUUGACCUUGUUUAUUCAGCUGGUUCAUUUGUCCUUUGUGUCAGUGAACCCCAUGUGGGUCCCAGGUAACAAAUUUUUAGUUUAUCUAAUUUGUAUCCUUUCACACAACUAAAACAUGUUAAAGGCAACAGGGGAAAAAAAUGAGGUGCCUGGAUCAGAAUAAAAUUUAUUAUUUAUAUAGAUGUUGCAUAUUUAUUGUAGAAUUUUUUUAAUUGAUUUUUUUAAAGUACUACGGGAGCAAACCAUUUAACAUUUGUUUACAUACUUCCAGACUUCUUAGACAAACGUUUAUUUACAAAAAUUAGGUAGUAAUAUUCAUAUGGUUUUCUAACCUGCUUUUCAUGUUGUGAACAUCUUUCCUUGGUGGUAACUAUUCAUCUACAUAUAAAUGAAAAAAACUUCCAGGCUUCACAAUAAAUACUUAAAGGCAUUUUGACCAGAACCAUUAGAAAUUAAUUAAGAAGGAUGUUGCUUUGGCUUUGGUACCUCCUGUAUAAUGGGAAAAUUGGCAAUAAGUAUUAAAAUAUUAUGAGGAUUUGCUGAAGAUAAGAAACCCCACCUUUUCCAUCAUACAGCCUUAAAAUUGCUGGCUUUCUUUGAGAGAAAGCAAACGUUGGCUUCUGUAUCCAAGUCUCCUGUCGGGGUCUGGCCCCACUGCUCCGUGUCUUCAGGGGCUUCUGGAACUACAGUGAUGUCCGGGAUCCCACCGCAGACUCCCUGAAGGGUGACAAAGAAACGGGAAUGCCGCCCGGGCCGGGCCGGAAUCCAGUGCAGCCCUUAAGGAGGGGGCGUUGGCCAGCAGGGCACUGGCGCUCGGGGCUUGGUCCGCCCGGCCUCUGGGCCUUCCAGCUGGGAAGGCGGCGUCGGUCACGCGGUCCCUCCAGCCGCUCUGGAACCCUGUGUGGGUGCUGGUGCCGGGAGCUGCGGGGGAGGGCGGGGCCAUGUGGUCGGUCUCUAUGGAGACGGCGGGUUGCCGGCCCCGCCCCUGCCCCUCAGGCUGCGUCCGGGGUCCUGCUCUUGCAGCUCCACGCGGUCCAGAGAGGAGGCAGACGCUUGGAGCCGCGACUCUCCGCCACCUCCCGGAGCCAGCUGCCAUGUGAACUGCCCUAUGGAGAAGCCCAUCUGGCAAGGAAAGCAAAGGAUUCCUCCACCCAACAGUCCACGAGCAACUGAAUCCUGGUCACAGCCACAUGAAUGAGCUUCAGAUCCUUCAGAUGGGGCUGGAGACCUGGCCAACACACUGAUAGCAGCCUAUGGGAGAUUUUGAAGGAGAGGUACCUGGUAUGUACUGAAUUGUGUCCCCCCACCCCUAGAUCCAUAUGUUGAAGCCCCCACCCCCGAUGUGACUACAUUUGGAGGUGGAGCCUAUAAAGAAGUAAUAAAAGUUAAAUGAGGUUAUAGGGUUGGGGGCCUUAAUCCAAUAGGACUGGUAUCCUUAUAAGAAGAAGAAGAAGAGAUACCAGAGCGCCUCCUGCACCCCACCCCGUGUGUGCUCAGAAUGAAGGCCUUGUGAGAACACAGCAGGAAGACUGCUGCCUGCACGGUAGGAAGCGAGGCCUCACCAGAAACAACAUGCUGAUCUUGGACUUUCGGCCUCCAGAACUGUGAGAAAACAAAUUUCUGUUGUUCAGGCCGCCCAGUCUGUGGUGUUUUGUAAUGGCAGCCCUAGUAGACUAACAAUACUGUACCCUACUAGAUUGUGCCUGGAUUCCCGACCCUCAGGAACUUUGAGAUAAUAAGAAGAUUUGUUGUUUUGAGCUGUUAAGUUUUAGGGUAAUUUGCUAUGCAGCAAUAAAUCAUUCAUAUAUUAGCCUAACUUUUUCUUCUAUAUCCUCUUUGACUUAUGUCCUCAAAAGCUAGCACUGGGGUGGGGGUGGGGGCUCCCUCUUUGAGCCCUUCAGAUUCUUGCUUUCCAGAGAAAGAAAAAUUCAGUAUUCAUGGCUGAUAAAGAAUCAUUCCAAUUUCUGAGUCAUUUUGCCAGCAAAGUAAAAAACAGCUCUGGUUUGGGUUCACAUUUGGGUCCAGGUAGUUGAGGAGAGAAUAAUCGCAAUGAUUUAGAGUUCAUGAACUCUCUGUGUAUAUUUGUAUGGAUAUGUAUAUAUGCAUUGCUCUCAUUGUAUCUAUAUAAACAAAUAUAUGUAAAUGAAUUGCUGUAAUUCUAUUAUUCCUAUAUGGACAACAUUAAUAUACUGGAUGUUCUAGGUGUGGACGAAAAUAAUUUGCUGAGAUGUCAGCUGGGAAUUCUCCCAGGGAAAGCUUGGAAAUGGAGAGCUUCCACACAAGAUUCAGUGCCUGGACACCUUUUAGCAACAAGUCAUUAAACUGACAGGAAAAUGUCAUUUUCUCUCCCUUAUCGCUCUUUCAGGAAAGAGUUGCUCUUAUAAGUCAUUGAUUUGACCUCUGGACUAACAAGCAACAUCAAGAAUUCUUAUUCACGAUUUUUUUAUGAUGCACUAAAUUACAAUUAAGGGUUGUCCAAGACUGGUUUUCAGAAAGGAUGCAAGUGGCCAAAGUGGAUUUUCUACCACGCUUCAUUUCUCUAUGUAUCUUUUCCUUUCCAAAAGAUUUGUGUGCAGCUGCACAAGUCAGCUGGCCCUGGAAAUUUUUAACUCAACAGGAUUGCUUAUGGAUGUCCAAAUGCAUGAAGUUUGGAUGGUUUCUGCCCUAUACACCAACAGAUAAUGAGUAUGGUGCUUGGAAGCACCAUUACAGCUGUGUGUCCAACCUAGAUUGGCUAACCCCUAGGGAAGCCGCAGCUCUUUAUGGGACCCUGAAUGAACCCAAAACAGAAGAUGAGCAACUACAGGAGAGGCAAAGAGAAAAGUGCCUAAGGAAAAUAAUUUGGGAGAAAAUUGCACUACGUAAGAAGAAUUUGUUCAAAGUUCGACCCCCUUGGGUGAAUGGAACAUGCUGCUCUAGAUUGUUCGAAUCCAAAUGCCAACCACGUCUCUCCCAAACUGUGAGGGAUCGAGUGGGAUUACAGGACACUUUGGAGAAACAGCUUGUUUUUGCAUCUUUAGAAGCUUUGCCCAAGCGAAGCAAUGUUUUUGGAUGCCAUUCCUACCCUUUAUUAUCAAAGAAAAAUUGGCAUGGAGUUUAUAAAAAUGACAGCAGCUCUUCACAUGCUCUCCAGCCACACUUCAUAUUAAUAUCAUCUCGGAUUCCUGCAUAUGAGGUACAGAGUGUGUUAGGAGGCUGGUCCUUUUUUGAAUUGGGUCUUUUUUCAUCUCCCCUAGAGGACGUAUGGCAAUCUUUUGGUCACCAUGUAUAUGACAUUUUGAUCUUUCCCCCCUCAGGCUAUAAAAUUGGUAUUAAAAAUUUACUGAGGCCUGAAGUGAGAGACUUCUGGGAGAAAUUAGGAAGCUAUGUGGCCCCUGGAGAAGAAGGGGGCCACGUGGACCUCUUUGUACGACUCGGAGCAUCAGAGGCAGGAACAGAAGUUCUUUCUCAGCUAUCUCAACUGACUGGCACGUUAUUGACCGCCCCCACUGGGAUUGCCACCGUCUCGUACCAACACAUUCUUAGUGACUGGCUGGGACGGCAGUGGGAAAAGGCGCCCCCUUCCACCUACUUCAGCGAAUCAAAGCUGCAGACAUGGUCCAGCCUCACCGACUUCCUGGAAGACACCUUGAAAUCAGUAAGGCAACAGCUAAGUCCUCUCUUCAAGGAGUUGCAGAAGAACGUAAGUGGCAGGAUGACAGGGCAAUUUGUAUCUGACACCAUGAGUAUGGCUAACAUUCUGAAUAACCGAGAAAUUAUACAAGCUCUGGCAGAGGGAUUGAUUGAACUUUCAAAAGAAAAUUCUGAAAGAAAUGUUAUAGAAGAUAAUCCUCAGGACACAAAACCAAGUCUCAGCAAAAAUGGUCCAAAUUUUGAGUUGCUGCUUGAGUUGGUAAGCCAAUUAUCACAUAAUAAGAAUUUUCUAUUUGUUUUGCUCCUGACCAAAAAAAAAAAAAAAAAAAAAGUUGUCACUAGCCAAUGUUUCAUGGCCACGCUUUCCUCAUAUUGCAGGUGGUUUCUAGAUGACUUGAGAGACAGACUACAGGAAUGGGGCCCAGCUCACUGCGUGGGAGAAAUAUUCAUAAAGUUUGGAAGCCAGUUGAACAUAUACACCAAUUUCUUCAACAAUUACCCUGUUAUUCUGAAAACUAUGGAGAAGAUUUGACAAUAUCAUGCUCACCUUUACUGCAGAGAAAUGAUACCAGAACUCCGAGCUUUCCUGAAGAGGCAUGAUAAGACCAUUGUUACAAAGAUGCUGAGCCUUCCAGAGCUGCUUUUGCAGCCAUCCCGAAGGUCUGAAGAAUAUAUUCAUCUUCUCUACGCUCUGAGGCUUCACACUUCUGCAGAACAUGUUGACCACGGACGGGACUCGACCACUGCAAUUGAAGUAAUCAAGAAAUACAAAGGUUACAUAGAUCAGAUGAAGCAGAACAUCAAUAUGAAAGAUCAGCUGUCAGAUAGAAUCAUCUGUGGGUGCCCGACUCUAUCAGAAGUAAACAGAUAUCUGAUUAGGGUCCAAGAUGUAGCCCAACUUCACUGCUGUGAUGAGGAACUAAGUUUCUCUUUAAGGCUCUAUGAACAUACCUGUGAUCUCAGUCUUUUCCUCUUCAACGAUGCACUGCUUGUUUCUAGUGGCGGCACGUCUCAUACUCCGUUUGAAAGGACUUCAAAAUCAACCUACCAGUUCAUUGCAUCAGUGGCCCUUCACAGACUACUCAUAGAAGAUAUUCCAGAUUCCAAAUAUAUCAAGAAUGCAUUUAUUCUUCAAGGUCCAAAACAUGAAUGGAUUUGUGCUACAGAAGUUGAGGAUGAUAAAUUCCUGUGGUUGUCAGUACUCCAAAAUGCCAUCGAAAGUAGUAUGGAAAAGUGA